CGAGAGCUUCGCGAGUACGCUUCACGCUUUUCCGUUUUUACGUUUUUACGCCCGCCCGUCCGCAGCGCGCGCGCCGAAACCCGAAGUCGGAGCUCGCCGCGGGCGUUCCGGCGCGGAAUCCUCGUCCUCGCGGAUGAUACGCGAUCGCCCGUGGCUCGUUCCGAUCAAUAAUGAGGGACAUGGCGGGCAAAAUCGCCGAGUUGAAAUUCGAGGCUCCCCUGGCGCGGUUCGAGGAAGAGGACACGGCCAGCCUGAAGAAUCUCAAUCUGCUGACAGAACAAUUGCUGGACGCGAGCCUCGAGGCCGAUUUCGGGGAGAACCGCAACGCCAACGAGGGGGGAAUCGACGUCCUCCAGGAGGGAACCUUCAGCCCCUUUAGCGGCAGCCUGGAGGAUUUGGUCAACACCUUCGACGAGAAGAUAACCUCCUGCUUCAGGGACUACGGCACCGACGUGGAGUCCCUCGCGCCGGUGCAGGUGCGCACGCAGGAGGAGAUCAUGAACGAGUGCCAGAUGUGGUGGACGAUUACCGGGAAUUUCGGCAACAUCCUGCCGAUCGACUGGAGCAAGUCCUACGCGAGGAAGCUGCACAUGCCCGCGCUCAAUUUAAACGAGGCGCCGAUCUCGAUGGAAAGGCCCGAGCUCGAAGAUUUAAGUAGCGAGGACGAAGCCGUUGCGACCGACCUGGACAUGCACGCCUUGAUUCUCUCCAGCAGCACCGACACCCACAGCCCCGAGGAACCCCUCAAGACUGCCGAAGAAGUCCUUAGGGAAAUAGACGACAUUAUGCAGGAAAGUCCCUCGAUGGGAAGGUCCCCGGACUCCGAAGACUCGAUGCUGGACACCGACGAGACGUUAGAGAGAAGCAAAGAAGUCCUCGGCUCCCCGCUUUACGAAGAAAAACUGCGGCAAUUAACCACGGGACAGUUAACCGAGCUUCUGGGCGAGAUGGAAUCCCUGGUGGCGGCUUUGAGCGAAACUCUGAUCGCCGAGCUUGCUCUCAGGGACGAGCUCGAGUACGAGAAGGAGCUGAAAAACCAAUUUAUCUCGCUUCUACUUGCCGUGCAAAAUCGACGAAGGCAGCACCACGUCACGAAGAAACGAAGUCAAAUGCAAAACGGCACUAGCCCGUUGCCACAGCACAGAUCUCUACAAGAUUCGAAGUACCUGACGACAGUAAUUCCAUAUCAUAUGGAUAGUGGUCCACCGGACAAUCAAGCUUUGCAAGUGCUCAUAAAAAUUUUGAAGGCCAUUAACGACGACAGCCCCACCGUCCCGACAUUAUUGACGGAUUACAUAUUAAAAGGUAAACGGGAUCGAUUCGACGCCUAAUUUAUACAUCAGGUAUCGAUACGAUUAAUAUGGUUGCUAUAAUUUCGUUAAAUUUCUUUCAGUCCUGUGCCCUACAUAGUAAGCCUAUCGAGUGCUCGAUCUCGUUUCAGCGCUACUAAUGGCGAAAAGUGAAAAAUAUAAGGCGCGACUCGCUUUCUUCUUGCCAAUGCGCUUUCCGCCGUUGUUAAUGCAGCAUGUUAAAGAUUUAAGGCAAUCGAUCUUGCUUUUGAGCUCUAUUUUGAUCACGAUCAAGUAUAUCGGCUGUAGGCUUAAAGGAAAACGUUCUUUAAUACUCCCUUCUAGUCUUAAUUUAUAUGUACAUUCUUUUUAUAAGGUAUUCUUACACUCGGCGUACCGUGGUAGGAGCGCAUUCGUCAUAAGUUGUACGUACUGUCAUGACUCUCGUUUCAUCCCGAUCGUUGCUAUAUUCGUUAUUUGGAUUUUGUAAUAUUUUUUUUUUUUUUGUAUAUAAACGUACUUCUUCUCGAACGCGAAACUUUUCACGGAGUUCGAGCCAACGUAUAAGGAUGUCUCACCAAUCGACCCUAGCAUUAUGUAGGCAGCAAUCGAUAGAAUAGUUUGUACACGGAAGCGAAUACGGACAUACCGCAUUAUUGUAAAUUGUUGUAACGCCAAAUACGUUUAGAGGUAAUUUAUUGACAAGUGGCGUCACACCCGGAUAAUAAAGAACUCUCGAAUCACCGAUGGUAUUCCAGAUGGCAAGUGGCUGUCCUUUUCGGUACCGUCGUUAAACGUUUAAUCGCCUUUGACGAUCCCUAUAGUGACAGCAAUGAAUCCGAACGUAUUAUGUAUGUACUUUAAUCGAUUGGUCUCUAUUUCCACAUCUAGUCACAAUUAUAAAUUACACGACCUUAAAAAGAAUAGAACGUUUUACGUGGAUUCCUCGUUGGCCUCGAUGCAUUUAUUUUAUGAGUAUUUACAAAAUACAUAAUUCCACAGUUAGGUACUUUUUAUAUUACAAUUAUACGUAACGUUUAUUUUUGAUUUUUAAUAUCACGAUGAUUAACUAAUAUAAAAUAUGUCCAAUUAACAUAAUUGCUGUACAAAUUUGUGUUGUACAAUGUAGAUUGUGAAAAUAUUUUGCGUAAAUUGGAAGACGAAAAUGCUGUUGCGAUUACAGAAAAUAUGACUGUAUUACGUCUAGUGAUAGAAAAUUUACAAACGAACGUAUGACGUAUUAUUUAUCACCUUUACAAUAAAUAAAUGUAUAAAUCUA